AUGUCUUCUUCGCCCAUCCCUCAUACUCAUGAGUCGCCACACCUUCGACGGCCGCUGGACAGCCCAAGAGGCACCGGCGGCGACAUGUCGAUGAUGUUUUUUGUUCAGCCAGACUGCCCUUCCAGAUUCGCUCACCAGGACGACCAUCGCGUCAAGGGCCUCAACGCCGAGACGAUAGCCCGCAUCCUUUUGCCUCCGCCCUCGUGGUUGCUGUCCGCCGAUUAUGCGCCCCUCCGAUCGGACGCUGGCGACGCGCCGAUACCGCUAUUCUUCAGUCUCAACCUCUCCAUCUACGGCCAAUCUAUUGUCGCUUCCGAAUGGACCGAGGAGUGGUUCUUCAUGAAUGGCCGCGUCCACCCCUACGCUCUUGCCUGGGAAGUUGCCCAGCACGACGGUCUGGAGUCUGACACGGGCGGCACUCUUCUCUACACGAUGCCCGCCCUCAUCGUUCGCGACCAGGGCUACCAGCCAAUCCUUCCCAGGCUCCUUGCCUCUAGUAGCAACUUCCCGUGUGUCCCGCCGGUCGUCUCCUUCACCGGGCCCGUAGUUGGCUCUGGGCAGUCCUUGCUACGACAAGGCCUUCUCCCCGGCCUGGACGCCACUCAGCUGAAAUGCUGCGGCUUUGUCCAGCUCUCCUCCUACCUUACUCCAGGGAACCUCGACAAGACUCCUUUCAAAGGCUUCCACCCUUUCCAAGUCUUUGUCAUCUUCCCCAUCCACGCGAACCCCUGGACCAUCCUAUGCAAGAAGAUGGCCGAAAGGCGGGACUCUCACUUUCAGACUAACAUCCACUUCACUUGCACAGGCAAAGUCGCUGGCCUCCUCGACCAUCGCCUCAUGGUCCAACCGCCUGGCUCCGACCGAGACUACGUCUUCAUUGUCGUCCCAGAUUCUUGGACCUUUCUCGACAAGGCCACCACAGCAACCACCUACACCGCGCUCGUUCCCACCAAGCCCUCCGCCUUCGGCUUCAACGUCGGCUUCCGCCGACCCCGUCACACCGCCAUCGAAGCGUUCAUGUCCUGA